AUGUCGUUCCCAAUGGGCUGGUUUGAUGCCUUUGAGGUUAGGCCUUGGGGCACCGAUUUGCUGCGUGAGUCGAUGGACAAAGUUUGUAUGAUUCAGGAGAGGAUCCGUACUACCUGGAGUAGGUACAAGAGUUAUGCUAAUCGAAGGGUGUGGCCUUUGGAGUUUAUGGUUAAAGAUCGGUACAUCCCAGAUGAGUCUAACGUGCUUUUAUGGUAUUCAGAUCAGUUUGAUGAGUCCUUGGCCUUUGAGGAUGAGCCUGUAACUAUUUUGGAUAGCCAGGUUAUAAAUUUGAGGUCUAAGGAGAUUCCAUCGAUGAAAGUCUAG